AUGCGCGAAAUGGAACACGAUAAUAUAAAUCGGUUCAUUGGCUUGUGUUUGGAUGGACCUCAGUUGUUAUCGAUAUGGAAGUACUGUUCUCGUGGUAGUCUCAGUGAUGUGAUUGUGAACGGAUCUAUGAUGAUGGAUUAUUUCUUUAUGUACUCUUUACUACGGGAUGUGGCUGAGGGUCUCUCUUUCAUACACAGAUCCUUUUUGCAAUAUCACGGAUUUCUGACUUCGCAGUGUUGUUUGGUAGACGAUCGAUGGCAAGUAAAGAUAUCAGAUUAUGGUCUUCGUAAGAUCAGAGCCCUUGAUAAAAGAACAGCUAAAGAUCUACUCUGGACAGCACCCGAACUUUUGCGCAGAAACGCUCUUCUGGGCUCACAGGAAGGUGAUAUUUACAGGUAA